GACAUUAUCAAUCUUGCACUUUAUGAGGAAGAACAGGAGCAAAAUGUUGUUGUUGAUGCGUCCCAUAUCCCGGUUCUACGCAGUUCAAGUCGAUCCGGUCGGCCGUCCGCUUCAUCUUCGUCAAUGUCACGAAAUUUUUCACUGUCUAGUGUAGCUUUUUGGAAUCCACUAUAUUCGCUAUUGAUAAAAAUUAGCGAUCUGAAGCUGAUGUGUGGGCUCAUUGAAUUUAUUCCAUUCUAUAUUUUCUCAGAGACAAGAUUGAAUCUCAUCAGCACAUUCAAAAAACGUACGCGCCCGCAGCGCGCUUGGAAGGGUGAUAUCGCCGUCGAGCGCAAGUACACUCGUUUAUCCGAAAGCUCGAGGUUUCGUAAAUGGAAAUCCCAGCUAGCCAUAACUUCCGAAGCAUCAUCCAACCAUGUGCCGCAACUGAAUAAUUUCGCACUUCAUUUGUUUGCUUUGCAUUUUCUUCGUCAGCAGCACCCGUCUCAUCCCUGCCAGCAUUUGUCAUUUACCCCAUUUAGUGCUUCUGUACAAAAAGGUACUUUAACGAUCAAGGGUUGCAAUGUUUUUCCGGAAUCUUCGAGAAGUACAAACAGUCACAUUCUGCAACCAUUUGCUAACUCUGGUAUUUCUGCUGCAUUGCGUACUCCUCUGGGCGGCUCAUCCUAUAAACAUUUCUAUUCCGCAACAUUGGCUAAUAACGAAUGCAGAGCUAAAGAUUUUUGCGAAGAAGCAAACAAAAGUAGCCCAGGCGUAAUCACGCUGCACAGACUAGAAGCUGAAAUAUUUGCUAUUGGUGAUGAUCGUCAACGUCAGGACCUGCUAGAAAGCAUGAAAGUUAAAGCCAAGAAACUUGAGAACAAGGAUCGAAGUAGGUCUGAGCAAGAAAACUGGCAUAUAAAUCGCGCAUGGAAUCCAUGUCAUGGUCAUAUUUACGAUGAUGUCAAGAACUGUGUCAUCAUUAAUGAAGUUGGACAGCUGCAACAGAGCCAGAUUUGUAAUACAGCACCCGAACCACAUCCUGCUCGAAGUUUAUUUCUGGAAAGGAACCGACUACGGAGCAGAAUUCCUGUACUUAUGACAAGGUUGUGUCCUUUUUCUUCAAAGUUGUAG